AUGGUUUGCACAUACUGUCUGAAAUAUCCAAUGGUGGCAGAUAAAGACAGCCCACUUUCCAAAGGCGCCGGGGGUGAGGGGAAUUUCAGAAAAGAAUCUCUAACGUUUCAUAGUAAGUCUAAGUUACAUGUGAAGUGUCAGGAAAAGUAUGAGUCUGAGAACAGACCAAAUUAUGCUGGUCCUCUGAAAAAAAUGUCUUUAACUCUGGGUGAAAAUGUCUGUAAGCAAAUUGGCUGCCUUUUCAACACCUCAUUUUAUGUAGCAAAACAAGGCCAGUCGUUUGAAUCAUUCCAGGGCCUUUGUGAGUUACAAGAAAAAAAUGGAGUAGAUCUAGGUUUUAAGUACAAGAAUGACAAGGCAUGUGCCACUUUUAUUAACAACAUUGCCACAAAUGAGGUGAAAGCUAUUUCUCAAGAACUAAAACAUGCCAGGUUUUUGUCUGAAGGUGUUUUAGCAGCAAUUGAUGAAGCUGUAGAAACUGUUGGAGUAACUCAGGAAAUUUUAGUUUCAAAACUGGUUGGCUGUAAUUUUGAUGGGGCAGCUGUCAUGAUGGGAAAAAAGUCUGUUUACUGUGUUGCUCACAAUCUAGAACUUGGGGUGUUGGAUGCUGUGAAAACUGUUCCAUAUCUACGUCAGUUUGAUGACACUGUCAAGGGAGUAUUUAAAUACUACUUUUACUCACCGAAGAAGAGAAGAGAACUUAAGGCUAUUUCUGAAAUAAUUGAGGAAGACUAUGCCUAUUACAGUGGGGUUCAACAAAUUCGUUGGUUGGCAAGUAGGCACAGAUCAUUAGCAGCUUUAGAGAAACAUUAUGCUGUUACGAUUUAUCACUUGGAACAUGUUGGUCAGGGAACUGGGGAAGAUUCUGCCAGGUCCAAAGGGUUGCUAAGGGAACUCAAAACUGAAAAGUUUGUCAAAUUUUUGCAUUUUAUGAUUGAUGUAACUUCUGUUCUUAAGCACCUCAGUGAAUGUUAUCAGAGAGAUGAGCUCUUUAUCAGUGAUGUUGUCAGAAAGUUGGAGUUAGCUUCAUGGGAGUUGUCUGAGCUGAAAGAGAAUGGACCUGAUACAGGAGAAUUUUACAGCAAGUUUGUACAGAGUUACUCUGAUGGGGUUUUCAAGUGUGGAAAGGAAUCAGCUCAAUCAGUUUCACUUACAAAUAAAGGUGCAAACUUGAUUGGAACAUUCACAACAUUUCUUGGGGAAGUUGUUCAGUAUAUCAGUAAUAGGUUUGGAUCUUUACAGGACCCUCCUUAUGCUGAUUUUCAAGUGUUUGACCACACAUUAUGGCCUGUUGACCUUAAUGAACUGAGAAGUUUUGGUAACAACCAAGUAGCCAAACUGACUGAUCACUUCAAAGACUGCCUUUCUGAAGAUGACACAAAUGGGACCUCUGCAGAGUGGCUAGAUCUGAAGCUAAGGUUGAACAGGCAGCGGAGCUCACCCCCUCAGACAGUAUAUGCAAACUUACUGAUGCUCAAUCCAGAUAAUCUUCAGCAUAUAUUAGCAUUGGUAAACAUAAUGAUCACACUUUCACCCUGCACAGCUGUUUGUGAACGAGCUUUUAGCUCAAUGAACAAACUUAAGACAACAUACAGGUCACAGAUGAAACAAACAACGCUUCAGAAUUUAAUGCGAAUAAAACAGAUGCAACAAAAUGUUUCAACAUUUGAUGCAAAUGAAGCAAUCAAUAUAUGGUUAUGUUCAGCAAAAACUUGCAGGCAAGUGGCAGGAAAAUCUGAUGAUGUCAAAACUGUAACCAAUGCUCCGGAUGCUGCUGCUGAACCAACAGACCUACCAGAAUUACCUCAGCUUGAGGAUAGUGAUAGCGAUUCUGACUAA